AUGCUCUCGAUAGAAGAAGAUAUUGAUCUUAAAUUACAGCGCUUGUGGGAAAUCGAUGAAGUUCAAUCUGGCUCAAAUGAUUUGACACCAGAACAAUCUGAAUGUGAAACAUUUUUCAAUGAUACUGUUCAUCGUGAAUCUUCUGGUAGGAUUGUUGUUAAAUUGCCCUUCAAGGAAUCUCCUGACGCUUUAGGUCUUUCUCGAAAUAUGGCUCUUAAAAGAUUUGUAUCUCAAGAGAGACGAUUUGCUCGUGACAGCAAUCUUAAAUCACAAUAUGUUGCUUUUAUGAAGGAGUAUGAAGAUUUUGGACAUAUGAGUCUAGUUCGUAGCCCUCGUCUACACGAGCCUCAUUAUUUCAUCCCUCACCAUUGCGUUUUCAAACCAAGUAGCACUUCCACAAAGUUAAGAGUUGUUUUCGAUGCCUCGUGUCCAUCAUCGUCCCAGAAGUCUCUCAAUGAUCUUCUUAUGGUUGGCCCAACAAUUCAAGAUGAGCUGUAUAAAAUUUUACUUCGGUUCCGUCUUCAUCGCUUCGCUCUUACUGCCGAUAUAGUAAAAAUGUAUCGACAAGUCCUUAUUGACUCCCAAGAUAGAAAAUUCCAAUAUAUUUUGUGGAGAAAUUCAGAAGAGGAAGAAAUUCGAACAUAUCACCUAAAUACAGUCACCUAUGGAAUGUCAGCUGCGCCCUACCUUGCCAUCAAAAGCCUUCACUAUCUCGCAGACCAAUACAUGGACCAAUUCGAACUUGGUGCAAAAACCAUUAAGUCAUCAUUUUACGUUGAUGAUUUUCUUUGUGGCUCAGAUACGCUUGAAGAAUUGUCUCGUAUGAAGCAGGAGGUUAAUGAAAUUCUAAUUCGUGGUUCGUUUCAAUUAGAUAAGUGGCACUCUAAUCAUAGAGAUUUUCAGGACGACAAAACUGUCAAAGACCUUAAUAUUGAAGAUUCUGCAGUAACUAGCGCUCUUGGUAUCUCUUGGGACCAACAAAAAGAUGUUUUCUUAUUUUUGUUUUCGCCUAAAGUCCAAAUUGAUGAAAAAAUAACCAAACGUACAAUUUUGUCGCUCUCGUCAGCGCUUUUCGAUCCCCUAGGACUUUUAUCCCCUCUCAUAAUAAAAGCUAAAAUCAUCAUGCAAGAGUUGUGGAUUCUAAAAAUUGGCUGGGAUGAGUCUGUACCUCAAGAAAUACACUCGGCUUGGAAAUCUUUCGUCUCUGAUCUCAAACUAUUACCUUCACUUAAAAUUCCUCGUUUUUGUCUCGCUCCUGAUUCUAAAUCAGUUCAACUUCAUGGCUUUUGUGACUCAUCAAUUCGUGCUUAUGGUUGUUGUUUUUACUUUCGUGUUAAAACUUCUUCAGGAAAUGUUGUUGUUCGGCUCUUUACUGCCAAAUCUAGAGUUGCUCCUACAAAGCGAAAAUCGUUACCCAAACUUGAGUUAUGUGGCGCACAACUUCUAGCAAAAUUGUAUUCCAAAAUCAAAAAUCUUUUCGCAAUACCAAAUCUGGAAGUCGUUCUGUGGACAGAUUCGCAACUAGUUCUUCACUGGCUAAAGCAACAUUCAUCUACUUUGUCAGUUUUUGUUGGCAAUAGGGUAUCAGAAAUUCAAGAUCUAACUAAUGGCUGCGUUUGGCGACAUGUCCCAACCCAGUUCAACCCUGCUGACAUCGUUUCUCGUGGUUCAACUGUGCAGGAACUCGCCUCAUCCAUCUGGUUCAACGGACCAGCAUUUCUCGCUCUCGAUCCUGUUCAGUGGCCCCCUACUAAAACUGAUAAACUCUCCGAAGAAAAUCAGCAAGUAUUCGACAAAGAAAAACGGAAAACCCCCCAAGAAAUAGAAAAUGCUAAACUUUGUAUCGUUUUCAACAUCCAGAAACUACAUUUUCAAGAUGACAUAACUCGAGCUCUAAAGAAGAAAGAUCCCCAAGGUGCUCUAAAGUGUCUGAACCCCUUCCUAGAUUCGUCAAAUGGUUUCAACUUGCUCAAGGUCGGCGGACGCUUGGAGGCACCACAUUUUGGCGGAUUGUGGGAGGCGGCCGUCAAAUCGGCCAAAGGUCACUUAACCAGAACCCUGGACAACACAAGGCUCACCUACGAAGAACUCGCAACGGCUAUGAUUGAGAUAGAGGCAGUUUUAAACUCGAGGCCCAUUUCGCCUCUAUCCUCAGAUCCCAGUGAUUUUGAAGCUCUUACACCAGGACACUUCUUGAUAGGCGCUCCCCUCCGUAGUUUGCCAGAACGUGAUGUCCCUACAAAUGAGAUUAACAAACUUGAAUAUUGGGCCCGAAUAAGCGCCAUCAAGCAACAAUUCUGGAAAAAGUGGUCCCAUGAUUAUAUAAAUGAGCUCCAGACUCGCAACAAAUGGACUAGCACCAACUCUAAUAUUACCCCUGGUUCCCUAGUCAUCAUCAAAGAAGAUAAUUUACCCCCGCAGCGUUGGCUCAUGGGUAAAAUCAUCAACAUUGUUCGUGGAAGAGAUGAUCGUGUUCGAGUUGUCGACAUCAAAACUACAAAAGGAGUUAUACGUCGCCCUAUCCACAGACUGGCUCUUCUAUCUUCUUGA